UUGAUCCUGAUGGCCCCUCUCAACGCAACCACAACGUUUUCAAGGCACUCUUCAAUGCUGUUCUGCCUAGAACGACCAUUGAGAGCCUGAUGCACCCCCCCUUGAGCCACCUGGAGGUUUGGUGCUCCUUGCCUAACGGCUAUUGUUGUGACGGUAUCUGGUUUGCUUCAGAGCUGAUCGCGAACAAUGACAUUCUGAACACCACUAGUGAAUGAAAUCGGAUUCUUCCCGUUUCUCGUGACUACCACAUCUCCUAUGAGUUUUUUAGAUUGCUGCAGCUACGUUUUUUCGUGACUCGACAGACAUUCGCACGCGAUACCUUGCAACACAUCGUCGCGGCGAGGAGUCUUCGUGUCGACAUACAACCAUGGCGAAUCAUCCACUAUGGAACAAGCUUGCAGUCGCGUGGCAACGAUACAAGUCCAUUCUUCAGAUCGCAAUCCCAGCGAUGGUCGCAUUGGCCUUCAUUCUCGCAGUCGUCUUGCAGUCGGAGACCCACGACAUCUCGCCUGAUGAAUUUGCAACCGCAUUGACAGACACUGAUCCAUCUGAUUCGCAGGACAAUAUCCUUUCUGGUGGUAACAUGCUUAACGUUGACGGAUCGGGAAUCGACGGUAUAGACGCAGGUGCGGGUCAGUCAGCAGGCGCCGCCCUAACGGAUGAAUCGGCAACCGGAAAUGGAGCGGCUGGCCUUCUCCGCGGAAACAGUCCUGCAGGCGACCGAGCGACGAGUCAAGCGCACAGUGAAUCCAGUAGCGGGACAUCGGCAAGCGGGGAUGCAGGAUCUGGUGGUGGUGGUGGUGGAGCGGGCCAGGAGUACACGAUAGAAGCCCUUCCUACGGCAAGACAAGUGGAAGGAGCCGCUGUGUGCCACGAAGAGAAGUCAUUCUGGGUGAACUCGCACCUGCGCACGGUGGCGUGCAACGCAUCGCAGCCGCUGAUCACGAGUGCACCCGACAUGCUGAACAACAUCUUCGUGCCGCUCUACGCCUGCCCCUUCCAGGAACGCCUCGGGCCCUGGGGGGAAGGCGGCAAGUGGAUAUGCAACGUGCCAUCAGCAAUCCAGGCCAGUCCUGUUGUCUACAGCGUACGUGACAGCGAGGAGUAUGGGUUUGAGCUGGCAGCGUCCAUAGCGCUGCACACGAGGCCGCAUGUGUUCAGCUCGUCGCUGUCGGCGGCGCAGCAGGCGGCAGUGAGGGCUCUGGCGCAUGUGGAGUACCACGAGGUGGGGCUGGCCCUGGCCAAGGACGCCAAGGCGUCCGACGUGAGCCUGGCAGACCUGCUCGCGGCUGGCAAGCACAGCUACGUGGACGUGCUGUACGUGGGGCUCGACUGCCAGGAGUGCGAGCUCGCCUUCAUCCGCCAACUCAACUCCUCCUUCGGCUCCAACCCCGCCACCGGCCUCGCCCGCUCAGGAGGCCUCCUGCCCUUCGGACAAAUCAUGAUGCUGCUCACCCACAUAGGGCAGACGCAGCAGAUGCUGGAGGUGGAGUACACGCUGGAGAAUCUGGGGUACCGGCUGUUCCACGUGGAGACCAAGGCCAACGGUCACCUGGAGGUGGCCUACAUCCACGCCUCCCUCGUGCAGCCCCCCAAGCCGGCUGAUUGCCCCGUCGACACCUCCGGUCUCAAGUACCCCGACCACCAGCAGAUUGACGAUGCCUCGCUGUGCCACGCUGAGUCCACUUAUCAGGUGAACCUGGCGCUGCGGCGGGCCGCCCUAGGAGCGGAGCAGCCGUUGACGCUGUCGCUGGCGGAGAUGAAGGACCUCAUCUACGUGCCCCUCUACCCGUGCCCCUAUGAGGAACGCAUUGGAGAGUGGGGCGACGGGGGCAAGUGGAUCUGCAUGAUCCCUACAGCGUUACAGUCAAAGCCCCUCGUGUACAGUGUGGGCAGCAACGAGCAGUUUGCGUUUGAGCAGGGCAUGGCGGAGUCGGUGCGCACCAAGGCGUUCACGUUUGACCCGUUUAUCUCGGCGGCCCAGCAGGCGCACAUGCGCUCGCUGCCCUUCUUGCACUUCCACGCCAUCGGAGUGGCGGGCGAGGAGUCGCUGGUGUACUACCACAAGCAGAACCCCACGUACGACUUCAGGACGCUGGCGCAGCUCAUGGCGUUCCUCAACCACUCGUACGUCGACGUGCUCAAGAUCGACUGCGAGGGCUGCGAGGUCGCCUUUGUCCGCGACAUUGCCCGCGCCUACGGCUCCGAGCCCGCCGCCCUCGCCAGCAACGGCGGCGUGCUCCCGUUUGGCCAAGUGCUCAUGGAACUGCACCAGAUCACGAACACCAAGGUGAUGCUGGCAUUGCUGUACACGUUUGAGAGUCUCGGGUACCGGCUGUUCCACGUGGAGACGAACCCACUGUGCCUCAUCUGCAUCGAGGUGGCCUACAUCCACGACUCCCUCCUCCUGCCCGCCAACCCCCAAGCCUGCCCCAAAGCCCCCCUCAACGACCCCGCCACCCUUGUUAAGAUCGCAGGCAGCGGGGGUGCUGGUAGGGCCGAUGCUGCAGACCUGGGCACUGUAGCAGCAGCAAAGGAAGCGCCAGCUGCAGUGCAGGAACCUGAGGCCGCAACAGCGCCAGCAGCAGGAGAGACAGAGGCAAGUGAUGCGACAGGCGGGGCCAUUGCUCCUGUGACCGAUGUCGUAGAGGGAGACAAGGAGAAGCCUGCUCUGGAAACGGGGUUGGGAGACGCAGAGGAAAAGGCCGAGAAAGCAGAGGAGACGACACCUUUGGGAGAAGAGGUAACAGUGCCAGGCAAGGGGGUGGCAGAGGCUGGGGUCAGUGCUGCUGAUGCUGCCAGUGCUACCACCAGCACUGAUGCUGCUGAGCCUGAUGCAAGUGCCAAGAGCCCUCUAGAGCCUGAUGUGAGCACUGGCACCAGCAGUGCGAUUACUUCCGGAUUGAGCCUGUCUGAUCCAGGUGCUGCUAGCGCAGAGUCUACAGGAAACACCAUGAGCCUACUCAACAGCAUGAGCGGCAGCAGCAGCUCCAGCGGCGGCGCCAGCGCAGAGAGCACUGGCAGCAGCAGCAGCAUCGGCAGCACAGAGAGCAGCAGUAGCAGCAGCAGUGCAGAGAGCAGCAGUAGCAGAAGCAGCGCAGAGAGCAGCAGUAGCAGCAGCAGCGCAGAGAGCAGCAGUAGCAGCAGCAGUGCAGAGAGCAGCAGUAGCAGCAGCAGCGCAGAGAGCAGCAGCAGCAGCGGUGUUGCGAGUGGGGCGACGACUGACAUUGCAUGGAUGGAGCCCCUGGGGGAUACAAGCCAUGUGGAGGGUGCUGCCCUCUGCCAUGCUGACCGCUCCUAUUAUGUGAACUCGCACCUGCGCACGGUGGCGUGCAACGCAUCGCAGCCGUUGAUCACUAAUGCACCCGACAUGCUGAACAACAUCUUCGUGCCGCUCUACGCCUGCCCCUUCCAGGAACGCCUGGGGCCCUGGGGGGAAGGCGGCAAGUGGGUAUGCAUGGCCCCCACUGCCUUCCAGUCAGCACCAGUUGUUUACAGCGUACGUGACAGCGAGGACUAUGGGUUUGAGCUGGCAGCGUCCAUAGCUCUGCACACGAGGCCGCAUGUGUUCAGCUCGUCGCUGUCGGCGGCGCAGCAGGCGGCAGUGAGGGCGCUGGCGCAUGUGGAGUACCACGAGGUGGGGCUGGCCCUGGCCAAGGACGCCAAGGCGUCCGACGUGAGCCUGGCAGACCUGCUCGCGGCUGGCAAGCACAGCUACGUGGACGUGCUGUACGUGGGGCUCGACUGCCAGGAGUGCGAGCUCGCCUUCAUCCGCCAACUCAACUCCUCCUUCGGCUCCAACCCCGCCACCGGCCUCGCCCGCUCAGGAGGCCUCCUGCCCUUCGGACAAAUCAUGAUGCUGCUGGCAAAUAUCCAGCAGACGCGGCAGAUGCUGGAGGUGGAGUACACGCUGGAGAAUCUGGGGUACCGGCUGUUCCACGUGGAGACCAAGGCCAACGGCCACCUGGAGGUGGCCUACAUCCACGCCUCCCUCGUGCAGCCCCCCAAGCCCGCCGACUGCCCCGUCGACACCUCCGGUCUCAAGUACCCCGACCACCAGCAGAUUGACGAUACUGCCCUGUGCCAGGCAGAAUCUGCAUUCCAGGUGAACCUGGCGCUGCGGCGGGCCGCUUUAGGGGCGGAGCAGCCCCUGACGCUGUCGCUGGCGGAGAUGAAGGAGCUCAUCUACGUGCCGCUCUACCCGUGCCCCUAUGAGGAACGCAUCGGCGAGUGGGGCGACGGGGGGAAGUGGGUGUGCAUGAUAGCCUCUGCCCUGCAGAAGCAGCCUUUGGUCUACAGUGUGGGCAGCAACGAGCAGUUUGCGUUUGAGCAGGGCAUGGCGGAGUCGGUGCGCACCAAGGCGUUCACGUUUGACCCGUUCAUCUCGGCGGCCCAGCAGGCGCACAUGCGCUCGCUGCCCUUCCUGCACUUCCACGCCAUCGGAGUGGCGGGCGAGGAGUCGCUGGCGUACUACCACAAGCAGAACCCCACGUACGACUUCAGGACGCUGGCGCAGCUCAUGGCGUUCCUCAACCACUCGUACGUCGACGUGCUCAAGAUCGACUGCGAGGGCUGCGAGGUCGCCUUUGUCCGCGACAUUGCCCGCGCCUACGGCUCCGAGCCCGCCGCCCUCGCCAGCAACGGCGGCGUGCUCCCGUUCGGCCAAGUGCUCAUGGAACUGCACCAGAUCACGAACACGAAGGCAAUGCUGGCGCUGCUGUACACGUUUGAGAGUCUGGGGUACCGGCUGUUCCACGUGGAGACGAACCCACUGUGCCUCAUCUGCAUCGAGGUGGCCUACAUCCACGAGUCCCUCCUCCUGCCUGCCAACCCCCAAGCCUGCCCCAAAGCCCCCCUCAACGACCCCGCCACCCUUGCCAAGAUCUCUGGUGGUUCUGCUGGUGCUGCUACUGCUGCUGCUGCUGCUGCAGCUGUCACACCCAAUGUAGACUUGCCGGCAGCGGCUGGUGGUGAUACGUCCAGCGCAGCGGAAGACACACCAGAUGGUGAAACAAUCUGAGCUAGGGGCAGAGUAUGGAGCACGUGCCAUAUGUGCACCAUGACAGUGGGCUGUGGGCAUAUUUAUUUUGCACCUGUGAGAUUCCUAGGCAUUCAGAAGUGCACUGGUAUUGUUGAAUACCAUAUCUGUGUGUCGAAACGUGAACUCAACAGUAGCCGGGAGCUAUGUAAGGAAAUUCCCUUUUCCUUACUGGGCUCGACUACAGUGCAUACUCUCAGAGUUAGAAAGUUGACUAGAAUGAGAGUAUAUAGGGGUAUAUAGCUAGUGGGUUGUACACUCUAUGGCAAGACCCUAUGUAGUCUACUAAACAUACA